AAAUCAAAAACAUUGUUGUUCAAAAACUGAUUGAAAUUAAAGUCCUAGCGGACUCGAGUAAAAUGGAUAUAGAUGUUUGUGAUCAUCCUUCUGUUGAUCUAGGACUCCCUUCGUCAAAAGAUGAAGGAGCUGCUGUAAUGGCAACUCCCCCAAAGGGGUUGGCAGAGCCACAGGCGGCCCCUGCGACUUUACCACGGUUCAAUCCGGUGUCACCAGAGCUCAGUGGCUCCAGUGGUAGUGUCAAACUCAAGGUUCGGCUGGCUCGCCUACAGCUGGAGGCACAGGAGAGGGAGUUGGUAAGAAAAGCUGAGUUUGAUUUCAAACUUGAAAUGCGCAGGUUGGAACUUGAAGCUGAAAAGGAGAUUAAGCUAAAACAGCUGGAGGUAGAAGCUAUGAGGCUUUCACGUAGCAACGCACCUCCUCGUUCAUCUGUGUACUCUGAUUCUCCACAGGUGGUGUCAGACAAAAACAAGUUUGAUGUCAGCAAGAAUAUUGCUUUGGUGCCUGUGUUUAGAGAGUCAGAAGUGGACUCGUACUUCAAUGCAUUUGAGAGGAUUGCUAUAGCACUAGAGUGGCCAAAGGAGAUGUGGGCCGUGCUGUUGCAGUGUAAGCUCAUAGGUAAAGCACAGGAGGUUGUUUCAUCGCUGUCAACAGAGGAUGGCAUGGACUAUGAUGUACUGAAAAAGUCAGUCUUGCGUGCUUAUGAACUUGUACCUGAAGCUUACAGGCAAAAAUUCAGGAACCACAAGAGGUCUGGUGGCCAGACCUAUGUGGAGUUUGCACGUGAGAAGGGACUACUUUUUGAUAAAUGGUGUGCUGCCAGUGAGGUUAAAGGUAACUUUGAAUCCCUUCGCCAACUAAUUUUGUUGGAAGACUUCAAGAACACAUUGCCUGAGAGACUAGUAGUUUUCUUGAAUGAGCAGAAGGUGGCCUCUUUGUCUAAAGCAGCAAUUGUCGCUGAUGAGUUUAUGUUGACCCACAAGAAUGUAUUUGUGUCUGUACCUCGUGCAGAUAAAGUUUUGAACAUUCGUCAACAAAAACCUGACCCCACUCAGUCAGAAGCUAAGGCCAAGCAAACACCUGUUUCUCCACGUGAGGGGAUCCAAAAGAUGGCCGACAAGUCAAAAUACUGAGGGACACAGGCGGUUCCCAAACAAUCAUUCGGGAGGGUAUUUUGUCUUUGCCUGUCGGGUCAUCUUGUCAGCCCAAAGUGGUUGUCCAAGGUAUUGGAAUGACUUUUGUAUCAGCACCACUGCAUAAUAUCCACCUUAACUCAUCUCUUGUGAGUGGUUUUUGCAGGGUUGCUGUUCUUCCCACCUUGCCCAUAAGGGGGAUUGAUCUCAUUCUGGGGAAUGACUUGGCUGGUGGAAAGGUAUUGCCUGUUCCUGAGGUGUUGGACACACCUGACGUAAGCGUGAAUUUUGAACCAAAGUCUGACAUUUUCCCUGCUUGUGUGGUUAC